AUGUCGUCAGCCCUCGUGACACGCAAUGUCACCAAGACAACCUCCCAGCUGAGGUUUGCAGCUGCUCCCGCCAUCAUAGCAGGCAGGUCCAUCUGUUCUGCUGCAUCGCCUGCCGUAACCACAUCCAAGGGUUUAAAUAAAUCCUCACCCAGAGCAGUCGGCGCUGCGCAGCAGGGACACUCCAGUGGUCUACAGGUCUCCAGCAGGCGUUGGUCCCAGGGGCCCGCGACCCAAUGGCGUCCCGUCCAGGUGCUUGACGAGUGGGUGGCCAAGGAGGCACGGCCGAUUAGUCUACGGCAACUGAUGGUCUUUGGCCGCUCCUUGACCGAGUCUCGCCUGCUCAGCUCCGCCAACUACGUCCGGACAGAGCUGCCGACGCGUAUCGCACAUCGCCUCCGAGAUAUGCAGCGCUUGCCAUAUGUCGUCGUCACCAACCCGCACGUGAGCGAUGUGUACGAGCUUUACUACUCGGCCUUUGACACCCUGCGGCGGACGCGGGAGAUCAAGACGCUCGAGGACAAUGAGAAGUUCUGCGAGCAGCUCGGCCAGCUGCUGCGGGGCCACCUGAGCGUCAUACCAAAGCUUACGAUGGGCAUGCUGGAGUGCAGUGGGCUCAUGCCGGCUGACGAGCUCGACAAGUUCAUGAACACGAUUCUGCGAUCGAGGAUAUCCCGACGGGUCAUCGCAGAGCAGCACCUAUCCCUCACGGAGACGUUUAACUCGGACUGGUACUCUCCUGGCUCGACGGUGGCAGAGGCGGACUACAUCGGCGAGAUCUUCCUCAAGUGCGUGGCCAAAGACGUCGUUGAGGGCUGCGGCAAGGCAGUCCAGGAACUAGCACGAUCUGCGAACGGACCCGACGUACAGAUCCCCGAGAUCAAGGUCGACGGCCACCUCGACGCCACCUUUCCGUAUAUCCUGAGCCACCUUCAGUACAUCAUUGGCGAGCUGCUGCGCAAUUCCGUGCAGGCCGUCAUCGAGAACCACGCGAGCAAGAGCAAGGACCCAUCUUCAAAGCCGCCCCCUAUCGAAGUCACGCUCUGCGAAGCCCAGCAGCACGUAAUCAUCCGGAUCUCCGACCAAGGCGGCGGCAUCCCGCGAGAUAUCCUGCCCUAUCUGUGGUCCUUUGGCAAGGGCCCCAGAAAGAGCCAGCGCCUAGAGCACCUCACGCAGGUGCCUCUGCUCGCGACAACCCUGCAGGAGCUGCGCGUGGACGGCAACUUCAGCGGCCUGCAGGACGGCGAAGGGCAGACGAACAACUCGCUCGCCUCGCUGUCCACGCGCUCGCCGAACCUGCGCCUGGGCAUGGGCCUGCCGCUGAGCCGCGUGUACGCCGAGUACUGGGCCGGCGGGCUCGAGCUGCACAGCCUCGAAGGGUAUGGCGUCGACGCGUUCCUGCAGAUUUCGAAGCUCGGGAACAAGAACGAGCAGCUGGCCACGAGAGCUUCCAUGGACGCUAUAUGA